AUCCAUCCCAGGAUGGGAAUUCUUCAGAUAAAUUAACGAGCACUGAAGGUAUAUAACAUGACUAGAUUUGAUAUUCUAUAAACAAAAUUAUAUUAGUUUGUAUUUUAAUGUAAGGAGUGAUAUAUAAUGUUGCAGUUCCAUCAGAAAGUGAAGAUGAGCAGUUUUACGACUUAAGCAGUCAAGAAAGUGAUACAGUAUCUAACAAUUCCGAUCAUGUUCAAGCUUUAUUUAGAGAUUCUCGGUCAGAGAAAGCAGAAAUUGAUUCUUUUCUGUCAAGGAUUAGAAAAAUGAGUGAAAGCAAGGGGAAAUGUCAAAAAAAGCAGAGGACACAGCCUGUGCCAAAAACUAUUGGUAAGUGCUUUAAUAUUAUUGUUAUUACUAUAGUAUUUCUGAUACUGAACAUCGAUGUUUAUAUAUAUUGUGUAGACUAUGUUGAUGAGGGUAAUCCUACUUUCACAUGUGAAUAUUGUAAAGCAAAAAUGUGGUACGGCGAACGACUCGAACGGAAGAAAAGGACAAAGAAGAACCCUGUUUUCUCUCUUUGUUGUGGUCAGGGACAAGUGAAGUUGCCUCUUCUUAAAGAAAGCCCCUUGCUUAUAAGGCAGCUAUUGUUCGGGGAUGAUGAAACGAGCAAGUAUUAUCAAGAUAAUUUGAGAGCUAUUAAUAUGCUGUUCUCUUUUACCUCUCUUGGUGGAAAAGUUGACCGCUCAAUGCCAAAAGGACAUGGACCACAGCCAUUCCAACUUCAUGGUGAAAACAUGCAUUUGAUGGGAAGUAUGAAACCGGAUGAAGGUGAUUCAGCAAAGUUUUCUCAGUUGUACAUUGUUGACACUGAAAAUGAGGCUGAUGAUAGAGAUUCUGUUAUGAGGUAUAACCGUCCUAUAUUAAUUUUAAGUUCUUCUUCGCUGAAUUUAAAUAUAUUGAGACAAUUGUUGUUUGUAUUUGACAGCAAAUACAAGAAAGCUGCUGACAAGGAAAGAAAACAUAAUCUGAGAAAGAAAAUUAUCGAGCUCCUUAUAGAGAUGUUGGACGAAGUUAAUCCCUAUGUGAAGCAGUUUCGAUCUGCACGUGAACGUUUUGGAAUUUCUGGAGCAGAAAAAUUUCAUAUGAGGAUUGUGAGCAAUCGUGAGAAAGAUGGAAGGACAUUUGAUACUCCAACUGCCUCGGAGGUAGCUGCUUUAAUACCUGGUGAUUUUAAUUUAGAGAUGGAUAAGCGUGAUAUUGUUUUGCAAGAGAAACAAACAGGCUGGCUUAAGAGGAUUAGUGAGAUACAUCCAUCUUAUCUUGCACUUCAGUAUCCUCUCAUUUUUUGUUAUGGUGAGGAUGGUUUCAGACUGGGAAUAAAAAAAGGAGCCACACCAGCUACAGAGAAGCUGAAGAGGGACCACAUCAGCAUGAGACAGUGGUUUGCCUAUCGAAUGUUUGAAAGAGAUGGGGAGUGUCAUACUCUUUUGCAUUCAAAAAGAUUAUUUCAACAGUUUUUGGUUGAUGCUUUCACUACCAUUGAGACGAACAGGUUAAGUUAUUUGAGGCAGAAUCAGACAUGUUUGAGGUCUGAUGGUUAUGACUCUAUAAAGCAGUCAGAGAACCAAGGAAAAAAAGAUAUGAGUGACCAAGGACAGCGAUUUUUUCUGCCAGCUUCUUUUACCGGAGGACCAAGGUACAUGAAGAAUAACUAUCUAGAUGCUAUGGCCAUUUGCAGACAUUUUGGUUUUCCAGAUCUUUUCAUCACAUUUACAUGCAAUCCAAAAUGGCCAGAGAUUACUAGAUAUUUGUCUCAGCGUAAAUUGAAGACAGAAGACAGGCCAGAAAUUGCUUGCAGAGUUUUUAAAAUGAAGUUGGAUUCUCUGAUGGAAGAUUUAACUGAUAAUGAGAUAUUAGGGAAAACCGUUGCAUCGAUGUUUACUGUUGAGUUUCAGAAGCGGGGUCUGCCUCAUGCUCAUAUACUGUUGUUCAUGCAUCACAGUUCUAAGUUCCCUACUACUGAUCACAUCGACAAUAUCAUUUCUGCAGAGAUUCCAGACAAAUCGAAAGAGCCAGCACUUUAUGAAGUUGUGAAAGACACUAUGAUUCAUGGUCCUUGUGGAAUUGUUAAUCCGAAUUCACCUUGCAUGGAGAAUGGCAAGUGUUCUAAGCUAUAUCCGAAAUCACAUGGUGACAAAACGACUGUAAACAAAGAAGGGUUUCCAGUUUACAGGAGAAGGGAUAAUGAUCGUUUUGUUGAUAAGAAUGGUUUCAAGUGUGACAACAGAUAUGUGAUACCUUAUAACAAGGAUCUUUCACUUAAAUACAGAGCUCAUAUUAAUGUGGAGUGGUGCAAUCAAUCAGGGUCUAUUAAAUACUUAUUCAAGUAUAUUAAUAAGGGUCAGGACAAGAUUACUAUCGCUGUUGAGCCAACAAAGAGAGGAGCUUCAGAGAACAAUGAAACCGGCCAGACUUCAAAGGAAGAGAAUAAAAAUGAAAUUAAGGACUUUUUCAAGGGCAGUCUCAUUUCAUUUUUUUCCAGAUAUGUAUCUGCUUGUGAAGGUGCAUGGAGGAUUUUGAAGUUUCCCAUUCAUUACAGAUCAGUACCAGUUGAGAAGAUUUCAUUCCAUCUACCAGGGAAGCAAAUCGUUGUAUUCAAAGACGAUGACACCUUUGAGGAAAUUACAAGUCGUGUGAUGAUUACCAACACAAUGUUUUUGGGUUGGUUUGAGCUGAACAAGGUUAGUGCUGUUGCUAGGAAGCUUACUUUAGCAGAAAUUCCUACAAUGUUUAUUUGGGACAAAAAGUCGAAGAAGUGGAAAGACAGGAAACGAGGUUUCAGCAUAGGCAGAAUUAAUUAUGCACCACGUAGUAUUGAAGAAGCUUAUUAUCUACGUGUGUUGCUGAAUAUUGUUCGAGGCCCAACAUGUUUUGAUGACAUAAAAACAUAUGAGAAUGUCCUUUACCCGACCUACAAAGAGGCCUGUUUUGCGAGGGGUUUAUUAGCAGAUGAUCAAGAAUAUAUUGAUGACAUUAUCAGGACAAGCUUCUCAAGUUCUGCUUCUUACAUGCGGCAUUCUUUUACUGUCAUGCUUAUGUCCAACAGUCUAUCAAAACCAGAAAGAGUUUGGGAGGAGACAUGGGAGAUUCUUUCUGAAGAUAUUCAGUAUAAUCAAAGAAAUCAUUUUAACAGACCAGGAUUGUGCCUUAGUGAUUCUGAAAAAAAAGAAGGUGCUCUUAUUGAGAUUGAGAAGAUCUUGAGAAGUAAUGGAACUUCGCUAGAUAACUGGGAUAAAAUGCCAAAACCCUUUCGCGACGUCAACGCUUUUCAGAAUGUGUUGAUAAUGGAUGAGAAGAGAUAUGACCGAGAUGAGUUAAGAAAGGCACAUGACAGUGAUUUUUCGAAAUUAACUGGCGAGCAAAAGAAGAUAUAUGAAGAGAUCAUGGAUGCUGUUCUGAAAAAAAAAGGUGGUGUUUUCUUUGUUUAUGGAUUUGGUGGAACCGGGAAAACCUUUUUGUGGAAAUUAUUAUCUGCUGCUAUUAGAUCCAGAGGAGAGAUUGUUUUGAAUGUUGCUUCAAGUGGUAUUGCUUCACUUUUGUUACAAGGAGGAAGGACUGCACAUUCAAGAUUCGGUAUACCAAUAAAUCCUGAUGAUUUUACUCUGUGCAAUCUGACUCCAGGGACUGAUGCUGCUGAUUUGGUGAAAGAAGCUUCUCUUAUCAUUUGGGAUGAAGCACCAAUGAUGAGCAGACAUUGUUUUGAGUCACUUGAUAGGAGUUUAGCAGACAUUAUGAGAAGUGCAGAGAAAAAGCCUUUUGCAGGGAAAGUUGUUGUGUUUGGUGGAGAUUUUAGACAGAUAUUGCCUGUCAUUCACUGUGCAUCAAGGACUGAAAUCGUUCUAGAGUCUCUAAAUUCAUCUUAUCUCUGGAAACAAUGCAAGGUGCUAAAACUUACAAAGAAUAUGAGGCUACUUUCCACUGACAUGACUGCCGAAGAGUUAAAAGAGUUGGAAGUGUUUUCUCAGUGGAUUUUGGACGUGGGAGAUGGAUUGGUUGGUGAUGAUAACGAUGGUGAGGCACUAAUUACUAUACCAGAUGAGUUUCUUAUUACAGAUUCAGAUGAUCCAAUAGCAUCAAUAAGCAAAGAGAUCUAUGGAGAUGCAACAGCUCUACUUCAGAACAAAGACCCUAAAUUUUUUCAAGAAAGAGCGAUUCUUUGCCCUACAAAUGAGGAUGUGAACAAGAUUAACCAGUAUAUGUUGGAUCAACUUGAAGGUGAAGAAAAAAUCUAUUUAAGCUCCGACAGCAUUGAUCCAUCUGAUACAGGGUCUGUUAAUGAUCAGGCUCUCACUCCAGAAUUUCUCAACACUAUCAAAGCAUCAGGUUUACCAAAUCAUAAUCUCCGGUUGAAGAUAGGAUGCCCUGUGAUGUUGUUGAGAAAUAUUGAUCAUGAUGGAGGAUUGAUGAAUGGGACGAGGUUGCAAAUUAUAGAUUUGUAUGAUUUUUGUGUGAAGGCCAGAGUUAUUACCGGAAGAGAAGUUGGGAAGAUUAUUCUUCUUCCAAGAUUGUCUAUUACACCUUCAGACAAGAAGUUGCCAUUCAAGAUGCGUAGAAGGCAACUGCCUAUUUCGGUGGCUUUUGCUAUUACCAUUAAUAAGAGCCAAGGACAAUCUCUCUCAGAAGUUGGCAUAUUUCUACCUAGACCAGUGUUUUCGCAUGGGCAGCUCUAUGUUGCUAUAUCGAGAGUCACAUCCAAAAAAGGUUUGAAAAUAUUGAUAGUUGAUGAGGAUGGAAAGCCUCGGAAACAAACCAAAAAUAUUGUUUUUAAAGAGAUUUUCCAAAAUCUCUGAAGUUUUUUUUGUUUAUAGACUAUGCAUUGAUUUUUUAUUUAGAGACUAUAUUUUUGGUUUCACAACUUUGCGUGUGUGAUUGCGCUGAAAUAAUACUUGCUUGAACUUUAGGAAAAGUUUUUGCAUAUAAUAGCCAAUUUCGAGACACUCACUAAGCAAAUAUGGUUGUUUUAUUUUCAAACAUAAAUCAGUAGAUAAAUUAUAUAUUAUUCAAAUCACUUUAUUUAUCAAUAUCUAUCAAUGACUGCUGCUGUAUUACUAAAAUUUAUCAUUGAAAACGUUAAAGCGUUAGA